AUGCGCCUACGCUAUCUGUUUAUUAGAGGUUUGCAAAUGGGAGCUCACUUAAGUAGUCCUAGGACCGAAAAGGUCUCCUCAAACGGUGGAGAUUUCAAGCUCGAUCCCACCAUCUUCGGAUCUAGCUCCAUGCAGGGCUGGAGGAUAUCAAUGGAAGACGCACAUCUGACUCUUCCGAAUUUUCUAUUUAAGACAACGGGGAACUUGACCCCAGGGCCGACGAACACCGCCUCUGGAGAAGUCAGUUCCGGAAAGUCGGGAGCAAACAGUUUCGUCGAGCAGCUGUCAGCAGCAGGCGAGAGCGAAGGCGGCGACUGCAGCGCAGGCAAAUUGAAGGGGAGCAUAUACGGGGUGUUCGACGGGCACGGAGGGAACUGCGUGAGUCGGUGGGUCUCAGAGAACUUCUCGUAUAUUUUCACUAACGAGCUGGAAAGUUUGAUAGCCACGGCGCAGGGCCUCGGCUCAGACGUCGCUAAGUACAGUGAUAACCCCACCGAAGCAGCAGAAACAACGCCAACGGACACAGCCACGCCCACCAACACCACGGCGGAAACGCCGGUCAACCCCUCAGGAACGAACACGCCGACCUUUAGCACCACAACGCCCGAGUCACACCUGAUAGGCAGGGCGCUGGAGAACAGCUUCCUGAAGUUGGACGAGUACCUGCAGAAGCCGGAGGUGGAUAAGCAGCUGCACCUCAUAAGCACAAACAAAAAGUCGAGCGGAGAUAACCUGUUCAAGGUGCUGUUGCCAGAAAAGAUAACGAAUCGCCAGCACGCCAUAGACAUAAUUCAGCAGUUGACAAGCAGUUACAACAUAUCGUAUUCAGGCGCGUCUGUGGCGAAGACCACCGAGAAGCUUAACAAGUAUGACAGCAUACCCUACUACGGAGUGGACUCUUCGACUGAGGCUGAGGGGUCAGAUAGGGAGAUGGAAGAGAUAAACACGGAACUGGGACUAGACGCAGUUCCAAACGCACCUUCCGAUGAUGAUGGCCUUCAAGCGUUGAGAGCUAAUACGGAAAACGCACAGCCAAAUAUGGAAGUUGACGCGCUAGAAACGGAAAACACAGCAGAAGACGCACUAAACUCGGAGCUGUACGCAAUGGGAUGCGGCUCGACGAGCGUAGUGGCAGUUGUGUUGGAGGACCCAGUGCCAUGUCUAAUAGUGGCAAACGCAGGAGACUCGAGAUGCGUCCUGAGCAGGAACAAAGUAGCAGUGCCACUCUCAGUGGACCACAAGCCGACAGACGAGCCGGAGCUCAACAGGAUCAAAAACGCAGGAGGUUACGUGAUCAACGGAAGAGUGGACGGAAACCUGAACCUGUCGCGCAGCCUGGGAGACCUUUCAUUCAAACUGGACAACAGCCUCUCAACCAGAGAACAGAAAAUCAUAUCAUUCCCAGACGUUAAGAUACUGCCCCUGACGAAGGAGGACGAGUUCCUCAUACUCGCAUGCGACGGAAUAUGGGACUGCAAGUCAAACCAGCAGGUGGUAGACUACGUUAACUACAAGUACACGCUAUACACAGAGGGAGAGUGGGAGGACGCGAAGGAGGGAAAGAAAGUAAAGGCAAAGACAAAGAGUGGCGAAAAGACAGCCGGAGCCAACAGCAGUUACGGAGAAAGCGUGUUCGACUUAGCAUCAUCGAGUAACUCGUUUGAAAAGGGAGGAGGAGGAGCAGGCUCGAACAUAAGAAUGGAGGGCGACGGAGCGAAGGAAAGAAAAGUCCUCGAAAAAAUAUGCGAAGAACUCUGCGACAUGUGCCUGAGCAACAACCCGAGUGAGUCAGAGGGAAUUGGAUGCGACAAUAUGACCAUCAUAAUAGUUAAGUUUAACCAUCAGUUGUACCAAAAGAUUUAA